UUGUAGUUAAAACAUUAUAUUCAAAACCGUAAACCCAGAUUUGUAAAUCUUGAAACUGCAAAGUGCAAACCAUGAAAUGUAAAAUCGUAGUUUUCGUGGAUUAUUAACAUUUUUCACUUUUGAAAUCCCAAUUCCACAAUGCCAAUUACAUGAUGGAUCUCCUCCAUCUCUUGUGUUGUUUUCGGGCUUUCAACGGAGUUACUUGGGGGGAAUGCUAAAUGAACCCCAAGUAAUCUCGCUUAUGCCCACUCAAUCGUUUCUGUGUUCGGGAUGUGGUAAGGAACUGCGUGGAUGGGGAACACACAGGAAUGUCUGCCCUAAAACCCUGUCAUCCACUCUGGUGCAAGUGACAGCCAGUCCUUCCGCUCCCCCAUCUCAGGCUACCAGUAUUCAACCAGUAUCCCGGCCUACUACAGAAAGCCUCAUAAAUGUACUGAAGAGCGCUAGGAGAUUUGGAAGGAUUAAUAAAGGUAUUCCUCGAGCAGCUCGUCCGCAAGCAGCUGAAACCUUUGCAAGAGCUGUCGAGCAGUGUGUGAAGGAACCCACCGUUUCUAAUUGGACCUCCUUGUUACUUUCGCCUCUCAAUGUUUGGCGACAGAUGGGGAUGCUGCAUCGAAGAAGAAGGAAUCUCUAACCGGGCGCUUUCGACGGCAGCUACGGGAUUUCGAAAGUGGAGUUCGGCCCCUUAGUGGCACCCCGACCACAAAACCCCCGCGGCGGGCACCGCGCGACUGAUGAUGCAGAACAUUUACGCCGAAUGGUGGAUUCAUGCAUCAACGAAUGCUCUGUGCAUAAAGCUGUUGCUCGAUUGGCGUCCGAAGAAAGUGUGCUUAUUAUCGAUGCCAAAGUUUUAUCGGUUCUCCGUUCGAAACACCCUGACGCACCAGUGGAUACGAGUUUUCCUGUUCCCGCAGACAGUGACGUGCCCACGUUCGCGCCCAUCACGGCUGCGGAAGUUAUCAGUGCUGUUUUUAAGCUUUCCAAGCGGAUCCGCGGGAGGGUUGGAUGGUCUCCGUCCACAACACCUCAAGGAUAUGCUGAGUUGCAAGGAUGCUGUCGAAUCUCAACUUUGUUCUGCACUGUGUAAGGUAAUGAAUUUUAUUGUGGCUGGCAAGGUGCCGGAGGAGCUGCGACCAGUUUUGUUUGGCGCGAACCUGAUUGCCUUGUCUAAGAAAGAUGGCGGUGUUCGGCCUAUUGCUGUGGUAACGUUUUACGAAGACUUGCUGCCAAGAUUGUCACGAAGCGAUGUGGUAAGAAAGCGAAGGAAUUAUUUACUCCUACUCAAGUUGGAUGUGGCACACGCGGUGGAGCGGAAGCAGCUGUGCACGCCGUUCGGAGUUUUAUAAAUGAUGAGCACCAUGGCCUACGGGUUCUUUUUAAAAUUGAUUACAGAAAUGCUUUUAACACCGUCCGCCGUAAUGUUAUGUUGCAGUCUGUAUUAGAGCACUUUCCCGAAUAUUAUCCGUUUGUUUUGAGUGCGUAUGGAGCGCCAUCUAUCUUAUCUUGCAAUGGCAGUGAUGAAGAUUUGUCUUCCGCCACGGGGAUCCAGCAGGGUGAUCCUAUGGGGCCAUUGCUUUAUUGCCUCGUUGCACUACUAUUCUGCAUUAGCUUGUCCUCGAAACUGCGGGUGUUUUUCCUGGACGACGGUGCACUGGGAGGUACGGUGGAAGAAGUGGCAGAUGACCUGACGACAAUCAUCGCCGCCAGCAGUGCCGCCGGACUGCAGUUGAACUCAGCGAAGUGCGAAAUGCUCCUGAUUGGUGGAACUGCUCAAGAACGCGAGGUGGCCAGGAACAGGCUGCAUUCAAUUGCUCCCGGUGCGAUUGUUUUGCAGCCUGAAACGGUAACAUUUCUUGGUGCACCAUUAACUGACGAGGCCAUAACCCACUUAUUGCAACAGAAAAUUGCUUCGUUGAAAAUUUUUAUAGAGCGCGUGCAAUUGCUAAACGCCCAUCAUGGAUUCUACCUCCUGCGGAACUGCCUGUCCAUCCCGAAGCUUAUGUGUACGCUGCGCUGUAGCCUUUGUUGGAAAGUGUCGGAGCUUCUGGAUGAAUUCGACAAGCACGUCAAAGAAGCCCUCGAAGAGAUCACUAACACCAAACUGGACGGGCGUGUAUACACGCAGGCUAUACUCCCUGUUGCCAAAGGUGGUUUGGGUGUGCGACGAGCGAAAGCAUUGGCUCCUUCAGCCUUUUUGGCUUCCAUGUUUGCAACUCGUCAGCUGACAUCCCAGAUCUUUAAUGGCAGUAGCGAGCAGUUGGUCAAUGAUGCGUGUGAAUCUUGGAAACUGGAGCCCGGUUGUGAAGAGCUGCCUCUGGACCUGGCCCGUGUCCAUCAAUGUGUAUGGGAUAACGCCGUUAUUCAGAAGGAUGUCGAUACAUUGUGGAGUAACAUUGGUGACAAUAAACAGGAGGAAGCACGCUUGAGGGCAGUCAGCACUAAAUACGCAGGGGCUUGGCUAUUCCGGAAAGGCGAAAUUCGUGGAGACCAAAACAUUUCGCAUUUUCGUUGGCCUAUGGUUGGGUGCUAA